AUGAAGUAUUUCGUCUCGCUGGUUAUUGUAGCAGUAUUCACGAUCAUUUCCGUCGGUACAUUACCGCAGAACGUAGGUGAACCUAUAAUGCAUUUCUCAGGAAACACCAGUGGUGCUAAUCCACAAAGUAGUUUAAUUGAAGUGGGCAAUACAGGCAUACUCUACGGUGUCACACGAAAUGGAGGUAAUACGUCAGAUGAUCUAGGAGUAAUUUACCGUAUUGAUACGACCUUAAACAACACAUUCACAGCUGUACACCAAUUCACAGACAUCACUGGCUGUCACCCAAUAUCAUCACUGGUCUUUGCUAACGAUCUUUCUCUGUUCGGCAGUACAAUUCGUUGUAGCCAGUUUGGCUAUGGGAAUAUAUUCCGGUACAAUCUUUCUAAUCAUAUAUUCAAUGUUAUCUAUGAAUUUGCGGAUAUAGCUAAUCCAAAUAGUUUGUUUCUAGACAAUGACAGUGGACUACUAUAUGGUACAGCAGAUGUUGGCUCUUCAACUUUCUAUGGAUCUGUUUUUACGAUUGAUGUUAGACAUGAAAUACCGUCAACAACGUUUAAACAAUUAUUUUCUUUCAAUUACGGUACUGGUGCAUUCCCAUCGAAUUUAAUUCUAGUGAACAAUUCAUUGUACAUUAACACACAAAUAUUUGGACAGUAUGGAGCUGGCACUCUGAUAAAGAUGGAUCGAGAUGGAGAGAAUGCUAAGUUAGUUUAUGCUUUUGGUCGUGAUAAGGCACUCGGUUGUUGUCCUUGGGGACAACUUGUGUUAGUCGCUGAUGAGCAACAACAGUACUUAUAUGGUACAACAAUGGGAGCAGCAGAUUGCCCGAGUACGAUCUACCGCGUAGGAUUGACAAUGAUGACUAACCAAAUUGAACUUGUAGCAACAUUUAAUGAAACAACAGUUGGCUCAGCACCAUAUGAUGGCUUGAUUCAGAGUGUUAAUCCAUCUUUAUCGUUUGGCGUGACAUCUCAGGGAGGAAUAAAUAAUCAUGGAACAUUUUUUCGUGUAAAUGUUAGUGGCGAUGGGAGUUUAGAGAAAUUAUUUGAUUUUCCGUCAGACGAUAUGUUUGGAUAUCAGACACAAGGAGGACUGGUAGAAGUAGGAAAUAACGUAUUUUACGGUACAGCUAAUUUAGGCGGAAAAUAUGGCUUUGGAACUGUUUACAAGAUUACGAUUAGUUAG